AUUUACGUUUUCUGCAAACGUAAAAUAUUCUUAAAUAUUUAAGACUGUGGAGGAGAAAAUGCAGAAAUGGACGAGAUCAAAAUAGGUUGCUGCACCCAACAACAUAACCUCGAAACGGACCGGUAAGGAAUAAAAAUGCCUGUUGAUCAAAAAAGAAUUAAUGGGCCUGAAGUGUCUAUUCCAUACUGUAUUUACAUUGAUAGAAGUCAGAAAAAUAUUGAAUCACAAAAAAACCUUUUGGAAAAAAGGGAAGAUGGGAGGGAACUCAAUGAACUCAGAAAAAUGUUUGUAAAAGUUGGAAUUAUUAGCCAGGCAAAAGGUUCUGCCUAUAUUGAGAUGGGGGAAACCAAAGUGAUAUGCUCAGUAUUCGAUCCAAGAGAAAUACCAAAUAAGAAUAGCUACUCUCUGCAGGGAGAAUUGUUCUGUGAAUUCAAAUUCGCAACUUUCUCCACUGCGAAAAGAAAAAUUCAUCAGCAAAAUUCUGAAGAGAAAGAAUACAGUUGCGUCUUGCGAAGGGCUUUAGAACCAGCAGUUUGUCGUCAUGAAUUCCCUAAUUUUCAAGUUGAUAUCUACGUGUUAGUUCUUGAAAAUGGUGGAUCGGCUUUAUCUGGAGGGAUUAUGGCGGCUAGUUUAGCUCUCGCCAAUGCCAGUGUUCCAAUGUUUGGUCUCGUCUCAGCAGUAACAAUGGGAAUUCAUGACGAUGUAAUUUUUCUGGACCCAACCGAAAAAGAAGAGUCUCUUUGUCUUUCAAUGUCAACAAAUAAGAUGCAUAAACAGAAAAACCACGGAAUUAUCUUACAAGCGUCGAUGCCACAACACAGUCAAAUUUCUGAGUUCUUUCUCGUUGGGAGUUUGGACACGGCUAUAAUUAAAUCCCAACUGGAAUCUCUCAAUAAAGCAGGUGAUGAUAUAUAUCCAGUGAUGCAACAAUGUUUAGUUAAAUCUAUAGCAAAAUUUUUGAAGCAGAAGAAAAAGGAAGAUCCGGUGGAAAGUGAAAUCGAAUCAUGAAAAGACAUGUUCUUGUCAAACUAUUUUAUACAGAUUAUUAAUUGAAUGAAGAUAAGAAGUGAAACAUAAAGAACCUGAAUUUUUAGAAAAUUUUGAAAGAAAGAAGACGGACUUUUUGUAUUGUGAAGCUGAUUUUAUUGCUAUUUUUGUUAAAAUAAAUUUACA